AUGGUUGAAAUAAAGAGCAAAGAGGUGACCCAGGUUCUCCUCUUUGGGGAUCAGACAGUGGACAAGCUGCCCGCUAUCAAAUCCCUCGUCAACCACUCUGGAAGCUCGGUUCUUUUGAGUCACUUCCUUCGACAGGCAUGUGAUAUCGUUCAAAUCGAACUGUCGCGUCUUCGCCCACAUGAGCGCACGAAUAUUAGCAAUUUUGACAGUUUAUUAGCUUUGGCGGAAGAUAAUGCCCAACAACAGGACCCGAACGAGAUUGUGGCGACAAUCCUGAUGGGUGUCGCGAGAAUUGGAGAGCUUAUUUGGCAUGCUGAGCGUGAUUCUUCGAUAUUGGGCUCUUUACAAAAUGCGACCCAUAUUUUAGGACUUUGUACCGGAGAGAUUGUUGCUGCCAUCCCAGCAGCUUCAGAAAGUCUCCCCGAGCUAUAUAGCUUGUCAGUAGAGGCUGUUGGUAUUUUUUGUCGAUUCGCACGCGAUGUUAUUCGACGCUCCCUGCUUGUUGACUCCACCAACGAUAGCUGGGCAACUACAAUUGUUGGUAUCCCAGGCUCCACAGUUCACACUAUUCUAGAUGAAUUUCAUCUGUCUCAAAAAAUUCCAUCUCUUAAUCAAGUCGCUGUCGGCUUCGUCGCUCAGGGAUGGGUAACUCUUUUUGGACCACCUACGACGACGCAAAAAUUAUUGAGUUGGUCAAAAAUGCUCAAUGAGGCCCCUCGAGUACCCAGCGAUGCACGUGGAGGCGUGCAUAUGCCCCACAUGCCUGAGCUUGAUGAGAUCGAGAUCGUUGGUCCGUCUCCACUUUUUGACAAGACCCUGUCACCUACAGCUAUCGUCUGGUCACCGUACGAUUGUCAGCAGCGCCAGGGUGGUACUCUGAGACAGCUUCUGUCUGAAAUAAUUCGCGAUGUCACACAAAGGCCAUUGCUGUUGAAAGAUACGAUCGCAACUUUGGGAGAGCAUCUUUCAUCUCAUGCAAGUGUCAAUAUCACUGCUGCUGGAUACACGCCUCACCUACCUGUGAUCCAUCGGGCAUUUCUCUCUCGCGGUAUCACAUGUACUGUGACCGACGAUAGGCAGAAGGAUAAUCAAACUCCCCAAAAUCUUAGGGGUGGAACAGAUCGUUUUGCCAUUGUUGGCAUGUCAGGUAGAUUCCCUGGCAGCGAAAGCGUGGCGGACUAUUGGCAAUCUCUCUUGGACGCCGAAAGAUUUGUUCGAGAAAUUCCAAAUGAAAGAUUCAACCUCGAUAAAUGGUUUGACCCGACCGGCAAGCAAAAGAAUGCCACCGUGAACCGCUCGGGAGCCUUCCUCGAUCGACCUGGGGCAUUUGACCACCGACUAUUCAACAUGUCACCCAGAGAAGCAUUCCAGGCAGAUCCUUUGCACAGACUAUUUUUGACUGUCUGUUAUGAAGCUCUCGAGACAUCCGGCUACUCACCGAACGCAACUCCAUCCACACAAAGCGAUCGCAUCGCGACCUAUUUUGGUCAGACCUCCGAUGACUGGCGUGACUUACUCCUUACGAAAGGUGUCGAUAUCUAUUAUGCACCGGGUAUUUGCCGCGCAUUUGGCCCGAGUCGUGUCAAUUACCAUUUCAAGUGGGGAGGCCCUUCAUAUGGUAUUGACUCCGCUUGUGCAUCCAGUGUCACUGCAAUCAGUCUCGCCUGUGCGUCACUAACGUCCAGGGAGUGCGAUAUGGCGUUAGCUGGGGGUGGAUCAAUUCUGAAUUCUCCGGCGCCAUUCGCUGGCUUGAGUCGCGGUGGAUUUCUGUCUCCGGAGAAGGGCUGUGAAACUUAUCACGAUGAGGCAGAUGGCUAUGUCCGAGGUGAAGGUGUCGGUGUCGUGGUUCUCAAAAGACUAGAAGAUGCAAUCGGGGAGAACGACAACAUCCUUGGUGUCAUUGUCGGUGCUGCCAGGAACUAUAGUAGCGAUGCAUCAUCUAUCAGCCAUCCGUCUCCUGAUGCGCAGCAGCGUCUGUAUCGCCAGGUCCUGCAUCAAAGUGGAACUGAUCCUUCUAGUGUCGGAUACGUUGAGAUGCAUGGAACGGGUACUCAAGCAGGCGAUGCAGCAGAGAUGUCCUCGGUCCUUGGGACGUUUGCAGUUGGCCGUUCACGCGAUAACCCUCUGGUUGUCGGUGCCGUGAAAGCUAAUAUUGGGCAUGGAGAAGCGGCUGCUGGUGUGUGUGCCCUUAUUAAGGCUGUGAUGAUGUUUCGGGAGGGUAAAAUCCCUCCUCAGCCAGGCAUGCCAUUCCAGAUCAAUCGUGGAUUCCCAGAUCUGGCUCGAAUGAACGUCCACAUUGCUGGUAAUGAUAUGUUCCUUGGUUCAAGUGCUAAUGGUGAUGGGAAAAGAAGAAUAUUCCUGAACAGUUUCGACGCUUCGGGCGGCAAUUCUUGUCUUCUCUUGGAAGAGCCUCCGAAGGUCGCAGAAAAGCACGAAGACCCUAGGUCCCAUCAUAUAGUGACACUUUCUGCCCGGACACCAAAGUCAAUCAGAGACAUCACGGCUCGUUAUCGCGGGUAUAUUCAAAAGAACUCCGAUAUUCCUUUGGCCGAUCUUGCUUAUAGUACAACUGCUCGUCGCAUGCACAGUACAUUGCGGGCCUCCUUUGUUGCGACAUCACUGACUGAACUGAGUGCUAAAUUGGAGACCGCGAUUGCCAAAAAUGAGUCUAACCCUCCACGCAAGGCCGUUAGUAACUCUGUUGUAUUUGCCUUCACUGGACAAGGAUCUCAAUAUGCUGGGAUGGGUCAACAACUCUGGAAAAAUAGUAAUGAGUUUCGACAUCUUAUCGAAUCUUACCAAGCCAUUGCCUUGGCUCUUGGGCUACCCCACUUCAUCGAUCUCAUUUCUCAAGAUACCAUUGACCUGACAUCGGUCAGCGCUGUGUCAGUCCAACUAUCCAUUGUUGCUGUCGAAAUUGCAAUUGCCAAAUUAUGGAUCUCAUGGGGCGUUCAGCCUAACAUGGUCAUAGGUCACAGUUUGGGUGAGUACGCUGCUCUAUGCAUCGCUGGAGUCCUGACUGUCAGUGAUACAAUUUUCCUGGUUGGUCGGCGAGCGCAGGCGCUGGUCGAGUCCAUUCCACAAAAUCAAGCAGCAAUGCUCGCCAUCGGCAAAUCGGCAGAAGAGACCAAGAAGCUUCUUAUAUCCACCUGCUGUGAAAUUGCUUGCUUGAAUACUCCACAGUCUACCGUUGUCAGUGGUUCCCUAGACGAUCUUGAGAAACUGCAGGAGGAACUACGCGACCAAGGCAUUCGUUCUACACUCCUCCGCGUACCAUUUGCAUUCCAUUCAUCACAACUGGAGCCGAUAUUGGAUACUUUCGAGUCGACGGCUAAUGGUGUGAACUAUUCAGCCCCAAGUAUCCCAGUGGCCUCGACUCUCCUUGGACGCGUUGUACAUCGUGGAGAACUUGGGAUUUUCUCUCCUUUGUACCUGAGAAGACAAGCACGAGAACCGGUCGACUUUAUUGGCGCUCUUCAAGCAUCGAAAGAAGCAACUAUUGUCCGACCAGGAACCAUCUUCAUUGAGGUAGGACCAGAGCCUGUGUGUUUAGGGCUUGUGCGUGGAAACUUGGCAUUGAGCGUCAAAGACUUACAGUUGCUACCAAGUCUUCGAUCUGGAGAAGACAACUGGGCUACUAUAUCUAACAGCUUGUCUGCACUCUACGAAGCUGGACUUUCAAUAAACUGGACUGAGUACCACCACGACUUCGUUCAAUGUCUCUCUUUGUGCGAUUUGCCGACGUACUGCUUUGAUGAAAAGGAAUUUUGGGAGCCCUAUCCUGACCCAGACGCUGCGAUCAACUCUCUCCCUGAAGGAAAACCAGAAGUCAAACCCUUUAUGAAUGGAUUCCCAACCACUUCUCUACAGCGAAUCGAGAGGGAAAAAAUCGAUCAGGAUAAAAUAUCAGUAUGCUUUCAAUCGCACACUGCCGAGCCACAUUUAUUGUCUGCAAUUCAAGCCCAUGCGGUUGCAGGUAUCAAGAUAUGCUCGAGUAGCAUUUUUAGUGACAUGGCAUUGUCUGCUGCGCAUUACGCUCGCGAGCGACUGCAACCCGGAAGUUCAGGCGCCAUUAUUACCAUUCGCUCACUCGAUAUUCGUCACGCUAUUGUUGUUAUGGACAUAAAUCCUUCGCAGAUCAUUGAAGUGGAAGCAGAGUAUAUCAACGGGACAUCAUCUGCACACGUAUACUUCCGAACUAAGACUGAUGAGUCCCCUCUGGAAGAUAUCGGAAUCUGUGAGAUCGAGUAUUCUCAAAGCAGUGUCGAUCUUCCCUGGAAAAAUGAUCUUUCACGUCGUAAACUUCUGAUUGAUUCCAGGGUUGAGGCUCUUCAUGCGGCAGGCGAGUCAGGAAAGGCUCAUCGAAUGCUCCGACCUGUGAUUUAUCAACUAUUUUCUGGUCUCGUUGAGUACGGAGAUGGAUUCCAGGGACUGGACGAACUUGUCAUGGAUGAUAAAUUACGCGAUGCCGUUGGACAAGUCCGACUACCCGCUUCGAAAGAUGGGGGUAAUUUCCUUUACAGUCCUUACUUGCUGGAUGCGGUUGUUCAUUUGGUAGGGUUCCUGGCAAAUUGCGGCCUCAAAUAUCCUGCCGACAUUGCCUUCCUCUCGACUGGAUUUGACACUUGGCAUUUACUCAAACCUCUUUCUCCCAGUGCUUUGUACACUAGCUACGCCUAUCUCGAGGAAUCUACAGAUGGCUCCUUGUUAGUUGGUGAUGUGUAUGUACUGGAAGGGACAGAGCUGGUUUCUGUUCUUUCUGGCAUUCGGUUCCAGAAAAUGAAGAAGAUGGCUUUGUCCCGCAUACUGCUCAGUGCAGCACCCACCUCGGGUCGCAAGAAUACUCGAUUUGCUGCUCAUUCGGAUGCGGAUGAUGGUCUUAUGUCGGGAAUGACGACUGGUCCUUCUACUUCCAGAGUCACCAGUCCCCCAACUUCCGGGGCUUCUACACCUGGUACAUCUGUUGAUGGGAGCCCCAUUCUCGUUGAAACAUUUUUGAAGGUUGUUUCGGAAGAAGCAGGAGUUGAAAUUGCAGAGCUACAGCCUGAUAUGUCCUUUGUUGACCUUGGAGUCGAUUCAUUGAUGACAAUCACUGUCAUUGCCGCUCUACGCAACGAGACUGGUUUAGAGUUAUCUGGGUCUUUUUUCUUGGAUAAUGCCACAGUCGGAGAGGCUACUAAGGCUCUUGGAGCAAGUGAACGAGGUAGCACUCCUGAGAAAGAAGAAAUUCCACUUGAUGCGCAGGCCAACACGCCAACUGAAGUGCCCGUGGAAAAGGCCACCGAGAUUGAGCCUUCCACUCUGGCCCCCGCCAGAGCUUUACUUCUUCAAGGUUCUGCUUCGAUAUCAGAAGUUCUUCCUUUAUUUGCUUUGCCCGAUGGAACAGGCUCUGUGUCAUCAUAUGUCCAACUGCCUCCGCUCAUGGACUCUCAGCGAAUGUACGGACUGGAGUCACCGUUUGUGCGCCAGGAGUCCACAUCACUGGCUCAACUGAACGUUGAAAACCUAAUCGAUAGUUUUGUCCGAGCAAUCCGUGAGAUCCAACCCGAGGGUCCUUACAUGAUAAUAGGUUGUUCCACAGGUGCCACCUUUGCUUUCGAAGUGGCCCGUGCUCUCCUUGAAGCAGGCCAAACUGUCCAAGAGUUGGUGCUCGGUGGGCCAGCUCCAGCUCCAGCUUCGGAUCAAUUGCAAAAUCUCAGUGUCGGGGUGCAAGAAGUUGAUCAAAGUGGACUACUUGGUGUUGGCAAGAGAGGUGGAUCUCAGGCCCUUCAUCAAAAGUUGCAUCUCGCUGCGUCCUUGCAAGCUUUGACAAAAUACCAGCCUCGGAGAAUGCCUGCUGAACGGUCGCCGAGUCAUACCACAGUUAUCAUGCCUACCAAGGGGCUACAUUCCAUAGUCUCGGAUACUUCCAUCAAGGCAUCUGAGUUCUUGUCUUGGGUGAACAUUAAUUGGUCGAACCCCGAGAAAAUUGGCUGGGCCGAGCUGAUGAAGGAAACCGAGGUUUUAGAACUUGACAGCGAUUACUUGUCAAUGAUGCGUUACCCUCAGGUUGAAACUUUGGGGCAAAUGAUCAAUGACACAGUCACUCGCUCUUACUAG